AUGGCCUCCAAGGUCCCAGCGCCCAAGCGGCGAAAACAACAUCCCAUGCUCGUGCCCUCCAGCGACGGGGACGACUCACCCGAACCGUGGCCAAAGCUCGAGCAGCAGUUGUUGGAGCUGGAUGCGAACUACAAGCAUCCGGAGAAGAUGAUCUCCAACCCGAAUGUGUGGCUUCCCGAGGGGGAUAUGCACGUUUUUGGUGCGGCGCCGAUGCAUGAUGAGCUGGAUGUCCGGGUGUGUAAGGACUGUGGGAAACCGGUACUUGCGAGUGCUGUGGCGGCGCAUCUUGAGAACUGCAAGAAGAUCAAGGCACUACCUGCACCUAAACAGUCCGCUAAGGCAAAGAAGACGGAUACGAAGCCCAAAGUUAGCCCAGCUAAGAAUGGGAAGAAGCGGAAGGCCGAGGAGGACGGGGAUGACGAGGAAUUGGAUGAUACACCUCCGAAGAAGAAGACGAAGAAGGAGAAUAAGCCUCCUGGGGAGACAGGCAAAGGCGGACGAUUCAAAGGCCCGAUCAACCUCGAUAUCCACUGCGGUGUCAUCAAUGACAAGGGUGUGCCUUGCUCCCGCAAGCUCACGUGCAAGUCUCAUGCUAUGGGUCCCAAGCGUGCGGUCGUCGGCCGCAGUCGACCCUUUGACGAGCUGCAGCAGGAGAUGCUCCGUCUUAACCCGAAGUACAAGGAACCCAUGAAGCGGAAGUCGAAGGAGGAGAAGGCUGCUGAGAAAGCCAAAGAGAAGGAAGAGAAGCGGCUGGAGAAAGAGCGCGAGAAGGGGCUCAAGAACGAGGAGAAGGCUAAGCUUGCGGCGGGCAAGGCGGCGCUCAAGGCCACUACUACUACUGCCGUCAAGCCCGGUCUGGGAGGGAAGAAGAAGGGCACGGCUGCUCAGCGGGCGGCCGCCGCUGCGGCCGAAGCGGCUGAGCUGGAGGCGGAGAAACAGCUCGAUUCGGAAGAAGAGGUCGACUCGCUCGUGCUCGUCGCCCAGCGGCUCAAGAAGCUCGCUCAACCGAUCACCCCCGUACCUGGAGCGCCGUGGUUUUUUCUGCAACGUAUGGCCAACUAUGCACCGUGUAGGGAUGAGUUGCUCGAGGCUCUGGGGGGUGGCCAGGCCCAGACGAGGGUCAACAUGAUGGGAGGUGUUCCUCAGCACGGAAUGACCUUGCAACAGGCUGCGGCAGCCAGUUGA